AUGUCCACAGAAAUCGACGAGCUGCGGCGCCUUCUUGCAGAGGAGCAACGCCUUCGAAGAGAGGAUAGGGAGAACCUAACAGAGGAACAACGUCUUCGUGCAGAGGAACAACGUCUUCGUGCAGAGGAACAACGUCUUCGUGCAGAGGAGGAACGUCUUCGAAUGGGGGAGAGGGAGAGGACAUCCAAAACCAACCUACCCACAUUUCUCGAUGGUCUCCAUAACCACCUCUUCCUCGGCCUUGGAGUUCAGAAGGAUGGCACAAAAUCCACGCGUGGAGAUCCCGCAAAUGCGACCGAAAAACUUCGCCCUAGAAAACUCAAAGCUUGGGACUCUUUCCCGGAAGAACAAGAGCAUAUUUGGCGAUCGCUGAUGGAUUCAUCGCUUGUGGAAGACAGACUGUUCACUUCUCUUCAUACCCUAGAAGAAACGGGAGAAGGCAUUCGGCGGCAGCCCGUCGGCUCCGAGCUUGACCUUCACCACUUUCUUCGCCAGAAUAUUGAGGACCACGUUUCGAAAAUCAUCGAAGAGCUCUACAAUGAUCCAACACUACGACAAGUAUUUGGGUUGAGAGGGUCGAUCCGCUUUGAAAACCACUCUAAUACACUAAGCCCUGAGCGGGAACUUGAGGAGGGAAUGCAGAAUAUCGAUAUUCGUGCAACGCAUGACCCGAGAACCCCGCUUCCGGUACAAAGGCCUCGUGCUGAUCAAUUCUGCGUCUAUAACAUUCCUAGUCAAUCAUCCGAAUUGAUCCAUAGUAUUGCAGCCUAUGUCAAGGAGUAUAAGUCUCCGCAUAAGGUGACACUGGGCCAUAUUUAUAAAGGGCUAGAGGAUAUGGACCUCGAUAAAGUGGUUGAGAAAAAAGAACACGAGACCCUUAAAGAUCGGUGCCAUCGCGCGAUUGCUGCGCUUCUCGUACAGCCAUAUGACUAUAUGAUUCGCGCUGGCACGGAAAUGGGAGUUCUAAGUACUGGUGAAGCUGAUAUCUAUCUACGACUUGGGGAAGAUCCUAGGACGCUUUUGUACUACCUCUCUGUUCCAAAGGGAGAUGUUGGGGAGUUUACUGGCUGGGACCCCCAUUCGAGCGGCCCAAAUCGUCUGCAUUUAACCGCAGUAGGGCAGUCUCUCGCCUUUACCCUCCAGGCGCUCAAGUUACGGCCUCGGAACCAGGCUUGGAGGGAGCAAACAAGCAAGUCGUUGCCAAGGUGGAAAGUGGUUGUCGCAAAUGUUCUAGAUGGUAUCUCACCUAAGGAGGUCUCGUCCGAAUAUCGCCCUCCACAGUCGAAUGGACUUAUUCGAACGUCUCCGAUACAACUACGUCACAAGCGACAACCGAUCAUUAGUAGUUGCCAGCCAAUAGACGUACAAGGGAAUUCAGACCAUUCAGACGACAACCAACCUGACCCCGAUACACCGAGCCGGGCUCCGCGCAUUUCUCGUAACAUCGAACGGAGGCAUCCACCGCCGACUCAUCCAACAUCUACGCCAGCUACCCAAGGAUCAUCAGGAGAAAACAACCGGCGCUACUGCACUUUAAAGUGUCUACGCGGGUUGCUCUAUGGGGGUGAGCUAGAUCAGGCUUGCCCCAAUUUCCUUGAUCAUGGCACAACGCGUCAUGGCACAACGCGUCAUGUCAUAAACGCAAAAUCUUUCAUUAAGCUGUUGCGGCAUCAAUUGGCUAAGACUGUCAAUGCCGACUGUGAAGCACUGGGAAUACACGGUUCUCGUGGUGCUCUUUUAAAAGUUACGUUAUCCUCGCACGGAUAUACCGUGCCUGCAAAAUGCACCAUUCCAGAGUUCACGGACCGCCUUCGGCAUGAAGCUGCUCUACGACGGUAUCGCAUAUCUUACACAUAUGAUGCUAUUGAGUCCGGGUGGACAGCAUCCUAA